AUGGCCCUGGUCGACUUCGUCGAUAGCCAGCCCGAAGAUCUAGCAGGCCACGCUUAUACCGCAUGGGAGUACAUUCCUGGCAUUGGAAAGGUCAACUCGACAUUCAUUACCAAUGUCUUAAAUAACCACUCUUCCUGGGCUCUCGACCUGUUCAUAGCUGUUCUGCGUAUGACUACAAAUACACUACGAUCUAUCACUAUUGGAAAUUUCACGGACGAGUUCCUAUCACCGAGGGGAAAUAUCUGGCAGACGGCGACUUACAAGAAUGACCUCCGUGUGAUCCAAUAUGCUGUGAAGAAACUCAACGAGAUUGUGUCGCGCAUUGAGGCAGCAGUCUCAUCCGAGAAUCUGCUUAUCGUGGCCGCCAGCUUCCAGGGACUGACGCAGUCUAUGGUCAGCUAUGCUGCUGCCAAUGAAGGUACUAAGAACGAGAAGGCUGCCCUACAGCCCAUGCGUGAAUGGUUAGACUCGGUCGAUCAAUUUGCGAGGGAGGAGGACCUUGACUAA